CGGCUCUCGUCCCAGCGUUCGCGCCGCCUCCUUGCCCGUCCCCUCCUCCCCCUCGCUCCUCCUUCCCGAAGCCCACCGCUCCCUGGACACCCCCAAAUCAGGGCGCCCCACAUGCGUCCGCCUUUCCCGGCCGUGCCCGCCCCACCCGGUGCUGCGCCCCCGGACCAACCCCCAGUCCCAGCCCAUCUCUGCAGCCCUGGAGGUCCCAGUGACCUUGCACUUUUUGCUGGUUUUACACCCCCUCCUUCCGCUUCUGAUUCUAUAGGUCGCCAGCUAUGGCUUUCAAACUUUAUACACUCGACCCACACCGAAAAAUAUGUUUUACGUGUAUACCCUGGGGCUGUAGGGCUAGAUCGCCGAGCCGCACGUUUCAAGGCAGAUGCUAACCCUAAGCUCACAUGACGCAGCCGGAUCUAUUCUAAUUCAAUUGUAUUCCAUUCGGUUCCACAUCUUUCCAAAGACUGUUGCUAACCCACUGAGUCAGGACCUACUGGGUCUGAUCUGGCCUGAAAACCUCAAUUUCCUUUAUCCCUUGCAUUUGGAGGAUGCAGAGAUGCCGUAAUCAGAUAAACACAUGCAAACUUCAAUUCCAAAGGAAGCGUGAAACCAGCCCAGAGAAGUUACAGGACUUUCCCCAGACCACCUGCCCAGCAAGCCAGCACCAGAGACCCAGGUGUUAGCAGAUGAUGGUGGUAGUUCUGUCUUUCACGUGUGAAGGAAUUUGCACGCUGGUGGGCAGCAGCUGAAUCACUUUGGUGGCCUAUGGGAAGGUGCCUGGCCUUCAAGGGACGUGUGGGCAGGGCUUCCCGUCCCUGCCCGGAGCAGCUCCGCCCUGGAGGCACCUGCGAGGACGGAGCCCCUGGACUCCCAGGUUCCUUGCCAGGGAGGAGGAAAGAUCCAUCUGCCAGGGCUGAGUGUGGCCUGAGGGGACAGGCCAUCGGUCCUGGAAUGCCCCUGCCUGAGGCCAGCGAGCAGGAGAGUGAGAGCAUGAAGGCCGGCCAGGAGCCAUCCCCUGAGCUGGGCACGGAUGUCAUCCUCGCAGCCCCCAGCAAGCCCGAGGAGUUCUCCGAACUGGUCCUGCUGACGGCCUCCGACCAGGGCGGGGAUGGGGUGGACUUCGAAACCAGAGGAGUGCGCUGUAUCGUGUCCCUGGAGACGUCUGGCCCCAACAUCCUUGCCAGCACUCUGCAGAUCCUGCCGGCCGAGGAGCCGGGGAGUGUAGUCCAGCCAGGUCCCCAGGUCCCUGAGCAGAGAUGCAGCAGGCAGCAGCAGACAGCAGCCCCCAUGCCCCUGGAGUUCCUGAGGACCCCGUUCGGGGGCCGCCUCCUGGUGCUGGAAUCGUUCCUGUACAAACAAGAGAAGGCGGUGGGGGACAAGGUGUACUGGAAGUGCCGCCAGCACUCAUCGCUGAGCUGCCGGGGCCGGGCCAUCACCCGAGGCCUAAGGGCCACGGUGAUGCGGGACCACUGCCACCCGCCCGAUGAGGAAGGCCUGGAAGCCCAGCGCCAGAAGCAGAAGCUGGCCGGCCUGGCGCUGGGGGAUCCCGAGGGCCCUGCGCAGCUGGUCAGCAAGCCGGCCCCGGAGGAAGAGGGGGCACUCGGAAGCCUGUCGCUGCUGAGUCUGCCCCUCAAGAAACGCUCAAUUCGGAGGGUUGGACAGCCCCGGUCCGUGGAGUUCCUAAGGACGUGCUACGGGGGCAACUUCCUGGUGCACCAGUCGUUCCUGUACAAGCGGGAGAAGGCCGUGGGCGACAAGGUGUACUGGACCUGCCGGGACCACACGCUGCACGGCUGCCGCAGCCGCGCCAUCACCCAGGGCCAGCGGGUGACCGUGAUGCGCAACCACUGCCACGCGCCCGACAUGGAGGGGCUGAGGGCCCGGCGGCAGCAGGAGAGGGCCAUGGCGAAGCAGCAGGGCAGGCCGGGCGGGCCCGGGGGCCAAGCGGACAGGCUGCUCCAAGGCGUGGACAGUCUGUGCUACCGCAGGGGGCCGGGCACCCUCACCCUCACCAGGCCCCGGUCCAGAAAGCGAGCGAAGGUCAAAGACGAGCCUCCGGCCCAGCCCCACGCCCGGGAGGGCUCCCCCGAGGAGGACCAGGACGCAGAGCCCGGAGGCCCCGAGUUCCUGAGGACCCCACUGGGGGGCAGCUUCCUGGUGCACGAGUCGUUCCUGUACAGGCGGGAGAAGGCCGCGGGGCAGAAGGUGUACUGGACCUGCCGCGACCAGGCCCGCAUGGGCUGCCGCAGCCGCGCCAUCACCCAGGGCCGGCGGGUGACCGUCAUGCGUGGCCACUGCCACCCGCCCGACCUGGGGGGCCUGGAGGCCCUGAGGCAGCGGGAGAAACGCGCCAGCCCGUCGCCAAGAGGGAGUCCAGGAGGCCCCGAGUUCCUGAGGACCCCGCUGGGGGGCAGCUUCCUGGUGCACGAGUCGUUCCUGUACAGGCGGGAGAAGGCCGCGGGGGAGAAGGUGUACUGGACCUGCCGCGACCAGGCCCGCGUGGGCUGCCGCAGCCGCGCCAUCACCCAGGGCCGGCGGGUGAUGGUGAUGCGUGGCCACUGCCACCCGCCCGACCUGGGGGGCCUGGAGGCCCUGAGGCAGCGGGAGCAGAUCCCCAACCUGGCCCGGUGGGAAGAAGGCCCAGGAGCCCUCCGGCCCCUGGAGUUCCUGAGGACGUCCCUCGGGGGCAGGUUCCUGGUGCACAACUCGUUCCUCUACAGGAAGGAGAAGGCCGCCGGGGACAAGGUGUACUGGAUGUGCCGGGACCAGGGUCGGCUGGGCUGCCGCAGCCGCGCCAUCACCCAGGGCCAGCGGGUGAUGGUGAUGCGCAGCCACUGCCACGCGCCCGACCUGGUGGGCCUGGAGGCCCUGAGGCAGCGGGAGCGGCUGCCCAGCACAGCUCGGCAGGAAGACCCAGAAAAGAUAAAACUUCUGCCUAAAGUUGAACUGUCCUUCAAGACUUGUUCUCCUGAAAGCCAGCAGACUUACGGGGAAGCAGCGUUCGGCCAUACAAAGGAACGAAGUGCUGAUACUUACGGCGACAUUGGAUGAGCCUUGAAGACAUCGACUGCAGGGAGGGCAGCCGGGCACAAAAGAGCAGCAGGAUCUACAGGCCCACCUGUGGGAAGUGUCUGCACCAGGCGCCUCAUACAGAGACAGAAAGUAGAUUAGCGGUUGCCUCGGGCCGGGGAGGUUGGGGAGUAUCAGGGUGAUAGUAAAGGGUGUGGGGCAUUAUUUGGGGACUGGGGAGGUGUUCUGAAGUGACUGCAGUGAGUGACGAUUGCAGAGCUCUGGCUGUAGGGAAAAUCGCUGAAUUGUUUACAGAGGUGAAAUUUAUGGAAUCGAUUAUAGCUCAGUAAAGCUGUUAAACAACGAAAAGGAAGGAGGUCACAGUGACUUUCGUAACCAGGGUCCACCUCGCUACUGCCUUAGUCUGUCCCUUGGGUGCCAGCCACUGCCCCGGCCCACUCACCAGGGGAGGGGAGCUGGGCGCCCCCAUGGGAAGUGAGGAACACAAAGCCCGAGAACAAACCCAUCGCGGCCAAAGUGAGAACUUUGCAUUUCUUGACCGCCUUGAAAAGGCCGGGGUGGGAGUCCCUGGCGACUUCCGGGGCAGGAGAUGGGACUUCUCGGAAGUGUUGGGUGUGUCUCCCCAGAACAUGCUAGAGCAGAAAGCAGGGAGUUCCCAGAGCGUUGGUGACGGAGCAACGUCACGCUUUAAAGGAAUUGAUACGAUGCGCGCGUAAACAUGAUCUCUCCGAUGGUUAUCUCUAGGAAGGGUUCCAGCAGUCCUGAACUUUCUCUAUUACCUGUUCCCACCGUGUCUGAGCCUAUGUAACGGAUGUGUUUCUCCCU